AUGGGCACGUGGUGUCCAUUGCCCCUGCGACACCUGUCAAACACUGCGUCACUUACGGGGCACCACAGAGUUCAUGCUGUUGGCGGACGAGGGGUGGUCAGAAGCUCAGCAAGCAAAGCGGACAGUUCCCCCAGCGCAAAAGGCCUUCUCGACGAUCUGAGGAAGGAAGUUGAUGCGAGAGACACCGUGCCCCUUCAGGAGGUUGCAGGCGGUGUGGUGUGCUUGGGCAAGUUCGAUGCGUUGCACCUGGGCCACCGCGCGUUAGCGGAGCGUGCAGCCACAAUUGGGCACAUGUUCAUGCUGUCCUUCAGCAACAUGGCGGCCGUACUUGGGUGGGAACCCAGGCUGCCCCUGGUGGCCUCCUGCCACCGCCCCGCUGUACUGCGCCAGUGGGCGUCCGUGUGUGGCGGCAUCGCCCCCCGGGAGGUGCUCCUCGACUUUCGCAGUGUGCGCAGCCUGUCCCCUGCCGCGUUCGUGGACCUGCUCGCAGACCAGCUGGCCGUCAAGGGGAUCGUCGCAGGCGACAACUACCGCUUUGGCUACAAGGCUGCGGGUGACGCGGCGCAGCUGCAGUCACUGGGCGCAGCGCGCGGCUUGGCGGUGGCCAUCGUGGGCAGCGUGCAGGACUGCGGGCCGGCCUGCGCGCCCGGGGGGAUCCCCCUUGCGGACCGCAAGAUCUCGUCCACGCGCGUGCGAGAAGCGCUGCAGAGGGGCGACCUGCAGUGCGUGGAGCAGCUGCUGGGGCGGCGCCACCAGCUGGCCGUGGGCCUUCCAGGUUCUUCUGUCAAUAUAGCAAGCUACGCCCACCUAAAACUCCCAAGGUUGAACUUUCUGAACGAACCACCGUGCUUAGGCACGUAUGAGGCGCUCCUAAGCAUCAUCGCAACGGGUCGGCCUCAACAGCAGAUUAGCAGAAGGAAUGAGAACGGACUCACUCAAGAGUCAGACGGGUUGGACGGACUGGAACUAGGGCUUGCUCGGGUGCGCAUAGAUGUAGAAAAUCUUGGAAUUGACUUCCAUGAUGUUGGUAAGGUUGAGCAAUUAGAACAUCGAAUACGAACAUCAUCGGCCCCCCAGCUUCUCAGUCUUGAGUUCGUAAGUGACCAACGUUGAAUUAAACGUGGUCGCGCACUGAGAUCCGACGUUUGGACGGCUUGCCAGGCAAUUUGCAACUCCAUUGUGGCACAAUGUAAGUGGGGUGCGGCGCCCGGGCCAGGCUGAUUUCAUCCGGC